GCGCUGAGCCUGACUUCGGCACCUUUGCAGAAAACCCCAAAAGGGGAAAGCGCCGCGCCAAGCGCAUGCGCAAUCAGUUGCCCUUCCUGCAGCUUAUUGGUCUUCUGCGCUGGGCGGGGCCGGCCUUCCCGACCAAUUAACGGCCAGUUCACGUACAUUCUCCCCGCCUCCCCCCGGAGCUUUCUGACUGACCGAUCUCUCCCUGCUCACCAUCUCACGCACCAUAAGUAGAGACCCCUCCCCUCCUUGCCGGGGCUUCCCUGGGAUCCGGGUUCGGGAGGCUCGUGCCCGGCAUGGAGGACGGGCUGUUCUUCCCACACACCCCUCCUCCAGUUCUGGCUCCCUGCCCCGGCGCCACCGAGAGCCUCCCCGGGCGGAGGGUAGCAGGAGGAGGGAUGGCCCAGGCGCUGGGGACGGCCUGGGCCCCGCAGGAAUUGGUGACCUUCCAGGACGUGGCUGUGGACUUUAGCCCGGAGGAGUGGGGGCACCUGGACACUGCCCAGAAAGGGCUAUACCGGGAGGUGAUGCUGGAGAACUACCGGAACCUGGUGGGCCUGGGACUUGAAGUUUCCAAACCAGAUGUGAUCUACCAGCUGGAGCAAGGGGAAGCACCUUGGACCCCAAAGGGAGCAAUUCUAAGAAGUUGCAGUCAAGAUUGGGGAGCUGGGCCUGAAACCAAGGAGUCAGCUCUCAUGUUGAGUAUUUCAAUGGAAGAAUCAUUCCAAGAAAAAAUCACAGAGAAUAGUACCUUCAUUUCCAAAAUGGAAGAAGCCUGGGAAUAUGAUGCCAAGUUACAGAGGCAACAGAAUAAUAAGAAACGUUCUCAGCAUGUUAAAAUCACCCCAAAGAAAUCUCACAAUAAACUAAGAGCCCAAGAAUGUAAUAAAUUUGGCAGGAGUAGCAACUGGGGACUAAUCCUUUUUCCACAACAGAAAAUAUAUGUAGGAAAGAGUCUCUGUAAAUAUGACACACUUAAAAAAUGCAUCAGACUACAUACAGACCUAAGAAAAUAUAGCAGAAUCUAUGUAAAUAAGAUAUUUUCUAAGUAUGAUGAAUAUGGGAAAUCUUUCAGGUAUACAUCAGAACUCACUGAAAAUCAUAGAUUACAUAUUGGAGAGAAACAGCAAUGUAAUGAAAGUGGGAAAAUCUUCCACCAGAAUUUAUUGCUUAAUCAACCUAAUAGAAUUCUUCCAGGAGAGAAGUUUUAUGAAUGUAGUGAGUGUGGGAAAGCCUUCCGUUGGAGAUCACGGCUUAUUAAACAUCAGAAAAUUCAUACUGGAGAGAAACCUUAUGAAUGUAAUGAAUGUGGGAAGACUUUUCAGCAGAGAGUACAACUUACCCAACAUCAGACAAUUCAUACUGGGAAGAAGCCUUAUGAAUGUAACGAAUGUGGAAAGGCCUUUCGUCUAAGCACAGGACUUAUUCAUCAUCAGACAAUUCAUACUGGAGAGAAAUCUUUUAAAUGUAAUGAAUGUGGGAAGGCCUUCCCUGUGAGUACUUAUCUUACUCAACACCAGAGAAUUCAUACUGGAGAGAAACCUUAUAAAUGUAAGAUCUGUGGGAAGGCCUUCCGCCUGAAUACAGGACUUACUCAACAUAAAACAAUUCAUACUGGAGAGAAACCUUAUAAAUGUAAUGAAUGUGGGAAGGCCUUCCGCCUAAGAACACAGCUUACUGAACAUCAGACAAUUCACACAGGAGAGAAGCCUUAUGAAUGUAGUGAAUGUGGGAAGACCUUUCGCCUGAGCACGGGACUGACGCAACAUCAGACAAUUCACACUGGAGAGAAACCUUAUGAGUGCAAUGAGUGUGGAAAGGCCUUCAGUCAAAGGGCAGAUCUUAUUCGACAUCAUAGAAUUCAUACUGGAGAGAAACCUUAUGAGUGUAAUGAGUGUGGGAAAGCCUUCCGCCUGAGAACACAACUUACUGAACAUCAGACUAUUCAUACAGGGGAGAAGCCUUAUGAAUGUAAUGAAUGUGGGAAAGCCUUCCGCCUCAGCACAGGUCUUACUCAACAUCAGAUAAUUCAUACUGGAGAGAAACCCUAUGAAUGUAAGGAAUGUGGGAAAGCCUUCAGCCAGAGAGCAGAACUUACUCGACAUCAUAGAAUUCAUACUGGAGAGAAGAUUUAUAAAUGUGAUGAAUGUGGAAAGGACUUCCGAUGGAGCAGAGGACUUACGCUCCAUCAGAAGAUCCAUAGUGGAGAAAAACCUUAUGAAUGCAAUGAGUGUGGGAAAGCCUUUCCCCUAAGUUCAUAUCUUACUCAGCAUCAGAGAAUUCACACUGGAGAGAAGUGUUAUAAAUGUGAAGAAUGUGGAAAGGCCUUUCCCUUGAGCUCACAACUUACUCAGCAUCAGAGAAUUCACACUGGAGAGAAACCUUAUAAAUGUAAGGUUUGUGGGAAAGCCUUCCGCCUGAGCCAGGGACUUACUCAACAUCAGACAAUUCACACUGGUGAGAAACGGUAUGAGUGUAGUGAAUGUGGGAAAACCUUUCGCCAGAGAACAGGACUUACUGAGCAUCAGACAAUUCACACCGGUGAGAAACCUUACGAAUGUAAGGAGUGUGGGAAGGCCUUCCGCCUGAGAGCACAACUUACCCAACACCAGAGGAUUCACACUGGGGAGAAACCUUUUGAAUGUAAGGAAUGUGGGAAGGCCUUUAAUCACCGCCCUGAACUUAAACGCCAUCACAGGAUUCACACUGGAGAGAAACCUUAUGAGUGUAAUGAAUGUGGCAACGCCUUUCGCCUUAGCACACACCUGACAAGACAUAAGAGAAUUCAUACUGGGGAGAAACCUUAUGAAUGUGGUGAAUGUGUACAGUCAUUUCGCCUGAAGACACAACUUACUCAACAUCAGAGAAUUCACACUUGAAAUUCUAUAAAUGUUGUGACUGAAGGGAGACUUUCUUCCAAAGCAAAAACUUUAUUCUAUAUCAGUUGCUGUUUAAGACAGAAAUCUUGUGAAAGAAAGGAAUACUGAAGAGUUUUUAGCUAGAGCCCAAACCUAAAAACCUGGUAAUGUAUACUGGAAGGUCUUAGGGAUGUUGUGAACAUGAGGAAUUUCACCCGGACACUCCUUAACUGAAAAUAGAUUUCAGCAGGUUCUAGCAUCUUUUUCAGAGCAGCUACUAUAAAAUCUUUACAAUCCCCACAUGAACUGCAGGUGCAUUUAGACUUAGUUUAUGGCAAUAGAAUCACACUCUGAUGGGGUCUGACUUCCAUUUCACACCCCAGAACUAAGGAGUUUUUAAGCAUUUUUUCCUUCCUUUUAAUCUCAAAAGAAGAGAUGCUACUUUUCUUUAUGAAUGUGGAAAAGCUGUCAUGCACAGAACAAAACUUAAAAUGUCAUGGCAUUCAUAUUGGACAGAAAUUUUUUUUUAUAAUGACAGUUGAAAAGCCUUUCACAUGAACACAUACCUUAUAUUGGAAAGAAAUCUUAUGACUGGAAUGAACAUGGAAGAUUUCAAUCACAGCUAUGCUUAAAAUUUUUUUAAUUGAUAUUUUCCUUUUUUUUUUUUUUUUUUUUUACAUCAUUGUUAUCCCAAGUAUUUUUCCCUUCCUCCUUCCUCCUAGAGAGCUAUCCUAUGUGAUAGUAUUUUUAGAGAGGGAAAAAAAAUCAGCAUAACUUCAAUGCAUAGAAAAAGCCCCAAAGUCUAUGCAGUGAAACACUUACCUUCCACCUUCAUGAAUGGUAAGUUGAGGGAUGUCCUUAUUUCUCUUCGCUCUAGUCCUGCUGAAUUCUUUAUAAUUGUUACAUUUCCUCUUGAUUUUUUUGGUGUCUCAUUCUUUUUAUUUUGUUAUUGCUAUGUAAUUUUGGGGGCUCAGUCAAACUUAACUCUUUACUAAAAAGUAGAGAAUCCAGAUUAAGUUACACAAAUGAGGUGAGGCCCUACCUCACAGUUGCUCUUGCUUUUUCUUACUCAAGUCUUCAGUAACUUCUACCGCAGUCUCCAUACACACUAUAGGAAGUGUCUUAAUUUGCUGAGGAAAUUUGACAAUCUGGUGCUUGCUCAGCCCUCCCUUCCCCCCCACUCAGAAGCUUUGUCAUUGUCAGCAACUCUUCUUUCUAGUCGAGAGGAAGAGAGAUAGCUUUGCACCUUGACAAGUACAAUCCUUUUCUUGUGCCUUUGAGCCCACUCCCUCCUUUAAACUUCUUCAUCUCGUUCUAGUUCAAUCAUCUGUUCUCAGUAGUUUUCAAACCAUCCUUCCCAGUCUUGUCUUUCUCAGCUGUUUACAUUUCUUCCACUCUAUGAACAUUUAUCAUGAAUUUAUCAUCAGUACAUUUUCAGUCAGUGGCCAAGUCUUACUGUUUCUAAUAUUUCACUCACGUAGGACCACCUCAAUUCAGGUUCUUAUCACCUGACUAGUUGCAGUAAUCACCUUUCUGGUCCCCUGAUCAGAAAUGAAUGAAGAAUGUAAAAAUCAUUUGUCAUGUGCCAGGUACUAUGCUAAGAACUGGGGAUAAAAGUACAAGCCAAAGAGUAUCUACCUCCAUGACCUCUUAGCUCGUUAUGCAGAGUCAGCACAUAUUGGGAAUUUGGGAGGAGUGUUCUGGAUAGGGUGGCCAUCCAGAUUUGGGAUCCUAGCAUCAAUGACUGCCAUCUCUCCUAGGGUGAUAGCUUGGCUGGGUUACUAUUUGCAGUCAGAACUUGAGGUGGCAGAAGAAGAUACAGGGCUGUGCAAAUGGGCAAAGUUAAAGACUCAUAUUGAGCCCAAUGUCAGUGAGGUGGCCCUUGCCAGCUCUUCUUCCAAAUAGUUAAUAAUGAUUCUCUUAGAGCAUGGGUCUGUCUCAAAUGCCCUGUAUGACCUCGCGAUCACGGAAAAAUUGAAGCCAUUUCCUCCCAGUAGUGAAUCCCUUUGGCCACAUGUUGAUUUAGAAAAGUACAAAGUAACAUUCCACAUUAUGCUUUGUUUGUUAAAUAUUUUCCAAUUAUAUUUUAAUCUGAUUCAGUUAUCCUCUAAAUUAGAGCUCUCUUACCCAGAAAUCUGUCAUCAUCCUCCCAUUUCCUCCUUCACGCCAGGCUCUAAGGAAGAGAUGUCCCUUCGUGCUAAGGCUGACCUCUCUAUGUGUACCCUAAAUCUUUGUUCCUUUUUUAUUUUACUUAUCAUCUUCCCUCUCUAAUCAGUCUCUCCCUACCUACUCUUUCCUUUCCUGAUGGCUGUCAAUGUAUCCAAAUCUCCCUCAUCCUUUAAGAACUUUCACAAGAUUCUACCAGGGCUGCCAACUAUAACCCUAUAUUUCUUCUUCUCAGGUCAAGUUCUUGAAAAGGUGUUUAUUUUCCAAUGUUUCUAUUUCAACACAUACCUACUUCUGAACCAUUCGCAGAGUUGAUUCUUCAUCAUUAAACUGAAAUUGCUCUCUGAACUUAUUAAUGAGCUGUUUAAUCUCCAAAUACAAUGGACUUUUGGCAAUCCUCAUCCCAUUUGCAACAUUUUGUAGUUAACUACUUUUUCCUCUGGGAUAUUCUGCACUUUCCAGGUGCUUGAGGUUCUCCCCUCUCCUCCUCCCUGUCUGACUACUACUCAGAUGUUAUACCUACUUAACACUUAGGGUAUCCCCUAAGCAUCUGCACUCUGUUCUCCUUUCCUUAUACAUUAAGUGAUCUUAUCAACUCUCAAAGACUUAGUUAUCUAUGCAGAUGAUGAUUCUCAGACCCAAUCUUUGCCUCUAUCCUGAGCUCCAUUUUCACACUACCAACUGCCUAUUAGAUGUUUUGAACAGGAUGCCUUACAGAGAUCUUAAACUCCAUAUAUCCAAAACAACUUAUAUUUCCCUCAAAUCCUCCUCCAAACUUCACUAUUCUUAUUGACGACAAUACCAUCUUCAUAAUCAUCUAGUUUUGUAAUCUCGUCAACUCUUGACUCACAUUUGUUCACUCACUAUAUGUAUUCAAUGAGUUGCAAAUCUCAUUUUUCCACAUAUUAACACAUCCCCUUUAGUCACACAGCUGCUCCCGUGAUUUAGAGCUCAUCACUACCACCUUCUGAUUGAGUUAUCUCAAUUCACCCUUCAUAUAACUGCCAAAAUGAUUUUUAUUUAAAAAGUUUGAUUCCAUACUUGAAAAACAUACAGUCCCAUAUACAAGAACAGAACAACUGUAUUGUGUACAGCUUUUUAAAAAGUAUUUAAUAAAUUUAUAUUAAUCCUGAAGUUGUAUGUUUUAUCCUUUGUUCUAUUAUUUUAAAACU